CAUUUUGUGGGGAUGGUAAUUAUAAUACUGAAUCCUUCUGACUCCCAGUGCAUUGUGAAUGCCGCAUGCUUCUGCUUUUUUGGGUAUGUGAUCUCAAUAUAAAGACUUGGAGCCAUGCAGGUGUCACAAGGUCAGUGCAUCCAGGGCUUCCUACUAAGUCGCAGACGCCAGCCUGAUUUGAGCAGUCCUGAUGGAGCAUUUCAGGAGAGGGGUGGAGCUUGGGAUGGCCUCCUUCCAGAGAUGCCGUCCGCUGUCAUGUCAAAUGGCAGAGAGCGCACCAUUCGAUGCGCAGAAGGCGGCUAUGCGCUGUAAAGAGAAGUCACGGCGUUCCAAGUGCUGCCACCCCGAAGAGAUGCCAGUCAUCCCUGAGCAGGCCAUGGAGUUCCUCUCUCGGACAUGGAGCUCCUGCUCCACGGAUCUCUUCCAAAUACUCUCCCCCAGUAGCCUGGGAUUGUCACCGGAGGACUCUGAGCGAGACGAAGCCAGUGGAGACAGAGACGAAGACGAAGAGAAGCGCCUUGACACGGUUCAUUCCAACGGAGGAACGAGCCAAUUGUUCAAUCAGACUUGGAGAGUUCUGGCCAGUGGCAAGCCUAGCUCCAGACAGCACCGGCACAAGCUAGUCCAGCCUGCCUGGCUCAACGUUGGGAACAUGAAGGCGAUGCUGCGAGGGUUCAUUCUGGACAGCGUGCCGGUCACCGGAAGCCGGCGGAGGAGGCGGAGGGACGAGCUCCGGCUGCACUCGGCGCAGGCACACGCAGCCGUCUCGGUGGCGCAGCUCGCCGCGGCGGUCGCAGGCAUCGUGUCGAUCUGCGACCUGAGGCCGGUCGCCCCGGCCAGCGACAGCGACAAGAGGCUAGGCACGGUGCUCGCGUCCGCCGCGGCGCUGGUGGCCACCGUGUGCGCGGAGGCCGCGGAGACCGCCGGCGCCAACCACGGCCGCGUCACGUCAGCCGUGAGGACCGGCCUCGAGAGCCGCUCCUCCGCGGAGCUACUCACCCUCACGGCCACCGCUGCCACAUGUCUGAGGGGAGCUGCAGCGCUGAAGCGGAGGGCAGCCGACCUCAGGGGGAUCAGCAGCAGCACCAGCAGCAACGCCAUGGCUAUGAGCAUCAGCGCUGGAAUCCAGAAGGGCACGACUCUCAGAGUCUGCCUGCCUUGUGGGAGGGUGCGGGUGAGGACGGUGUCCGUCUUCCCUCAGCGAGGCGGCGGCGCCGGCGCGGUGGCGCUGAGGCUGGGGAAGAAGCGCCUGCACGGCGCGUUCGCCACCUACAAGGACUAUGUGGUGUCGGCGGUCGGAGAUGGCGGCGGCGAGGCGGUGGUGGAGGGGCGGCCGGCGUUCCCGGUGGCGCUGGUCACGGAGGGGGAAGGGGCGACGGUGCAGCUGCUGUUCGAGCACCAGACGCACUGCAAGGUCUGGAAGGCCGCCAUCGAGGGCAUGCUGGCCGAGCAGAAGCUCAAGCGCGACGGGAACUGAAGUGAUCGGAGACUGAUUGGGAACAUGUACGAAUCGAGCACGCGCAUCUGUACUGUACUAGCUGUACCGAUCUUUCUACACUUGUACUUGAUGGGUAGAUUUGGAGAGCAGUUGUUCUCUCUUUGUGCAGUCAUGCGUGUGUCUGGCGUCUUGUAUCUGUGUGACUGUGUAUAUGUAUUGGAGUGAACCGGAGUUCAUAAAAGGGCGAGAGAACCUGCUGGCUGCUGUAGAAGUAGAACUGAAGAGAAUCAUGAAUCAUCUUCUGUGA